AUGGCCUCAGGACUCUUCGACACCACAAAAAACUACUCCCUCUACGCUGUCCCAGCAGCAUGGCUCUGCGCCUUCAUCCCACACGCCUACGCCGCCUUCUCAUCCAAAAGCUUCGAUAACCGCUCUCCAAGAACUUACUCAGAAAGCCUAGCAAAAGACCAAACCCUUGAUCAAGCCAAGAAGAACUGCAUUCUCCGCGCCGAAUCCGCUCAAAUGAACGGCUUCGAGAACCUCCCUCUCUUCACAACUGCUCUCCUAGCCGGGAACCUUGCAUCGCUCCCUUCAUCGACCCUGAACACUUUCGCAGCGGCCUAUCUCGCAUCCAGAGUCCUGUACAACUUUAUCUAUAUCAAUAAUACUACGGAGACAAUGGCUAAUGUGAGGAGUUUGGUCUUUAUUAGUGGGGUUGGAAUGUGUAUGAGUAUGUUUGUGAUGAGUGGGAACGCGUUGAAGAGCGGGAUGCAAAAUUUGUUGUGA